AUCUCCGACUGACCCAUUGCUCUCUUGUCUACAAAUUAAGCUCCCCCCAUCUCUCACCUUGUCUUUCUAUCUCUCUCUUGGCUUCAAAACAUCAUCGCCAACGAGGGCAAGAGCAAAAAAUAUAGCAAAUAUGUUAAAAUCUGCAGAACUCCCAGAUUGUUGCUAUCCAAACCAACCCAUCUUAAUCUGCCCAAGUUGCCCGACCCCCAAGCAUUCCCUCUAUCUCUCCAAUCUUGAUGACCAAAAGUUCCUUAGGUUCUCCAUUAAAUAUCUCUACCUUUUCAAGAAAUCAGUGAGCUUAGAUUGCUUGAAAUAUUCUCUUUCCAAAGUUCUUGUCGACUACUACCCAUUAGCUGGGAGGUUGAGGGCUACUUCCGAGGAUGAUCAGAAGCUCAAGGUUGAUUGUAAUGGAGAAGGCGCCGUCUUUGCUGAGGCUUUCAUGGACAUCACUGCUGAAGAAUUUCUCGAACUUUCCAAGAAACCAAACAGGUCUUGGAGAAAGCUCUUGUAUAGGGUGGAAGCUCUCAGUUUCUUGGAUGUUCCUCCUCUUGUAGUUCAGGUGACGAAUCUCCGUUGCGGAGGAAUGAUUUUGUGCACCGCGAUCAAUCACUGUCUAUGUGACGGCAUCGGCACAUCGCAGUUUCUACAUGCGUGGGCCCACAUUACCGGCAAGCCGAAUCUUGAUCUACCAAUCACUCCCUUCCACAGCCGCCAAGUGUUAAAACCCCGGAGCCCCGCACAGAUAAACUUCAGUCACCCUGGAUAUACCAGAACAAACCCCAAGGAUAAUACUCACAUGGACAUCGUAAAGUUCCUACAAUCUCAGCCGCUCGUGCCCACAUCCCUGAUCUUCACCACCUCUCACAUUCUUCAACUCAAGAGGCAGUGCGUACCAUCGCUAAAGUGCACCACCUUCGAAGCCCUGGCAUCGCACACGUGGCGCUCCUGGGUUAGGUCACUGGACCUGUCGCCCUCACUCAAUGCCAAGCUUCUUUUCUCCGUUAAUAUCCGAAAAAAGCUGAUCCCGGAGAUUCCACAAGGCUUUUAUGGGAAUGGGUUCGUGCUAGGAUGCGCCCAGGCCAAUGCGAAGGACCUGGUCAGUGCUAACCUGCACCAUGUCGUGAGGCUGGUGCAGCAAGCAAAAUCGGUUCUAAACGAUGACUGCAUAAGGUCCAUGGUUGAUUUGCUCGAGGACAAGACAGUAAAAACGGACCUGUCUACGAGUCUGGUAAUAUCACAGUGGUCUAAGCUGGGAUUAGAGGAUUUGGAUUUUGGAGAAGGGCAGCCACUCCACAUGGGGCCUCUGACAAGUGAUAUUUACUGCUUGUUUUUACCUGUUAUCGGUGACUCCGACGCCGUGAGAGUGCUCGUGUCCAUGCCGGAGGGCAUUGUGGAGAAAUUUGAGUUCUACAUGAAAGAGUUUUUGGAUAAAGAAGAUAACAAAGAUGGUAAUGGGUAUCAUGAAGAAGAUAACGGAUUGAUCUGAAAGGAGCUCCUCCUCUUUUUCUCUCUCUUUCGAUCGCCUCCCACAUAAUAAGUAUGCUAGUGGAAGCAGCUCGCUGUAAUUUGAGUAUCGAAAAGUAUAACAUGAUUAGACUAGUUUUAAUUAGAAUGUUCGAUCGCAAUUGGAUGCAUAAUUAAUUUGCAAUCUCUUGUCAAGUUCAA